CUACUAUACCCUUGUCUCCACUACGUCUUGCCUAUUCCAGUCGCAGCCUCGCAUCGUGACGGCUGUGAAAAAGAUUUGACGACUGGGCUUUUACUUGGGGUGUGAGUCACAUCGGCAACUCUUGCUCGUUGAUUCUAGGUAUCCAAUUCCAACGUCUAGUUUCGUAUCCAGCCUUGCGUACCAAAAAAACCAAGAACUACGACAAAAGAAACCACAGCAAAAAAGAAACAUCCAAGUAGUCAAAAACUUGACUAUAAAAUGUAGAAAAUUAAACGGUAGGGCUGAAAGAAUUUCAACCACCUAUGACAUGACGUACAUUCUACCAUUCCACCAGCCUUCCAUUUACCUUCUUCUUCUUCAAUCAAUCAAUCAAUCAACCCACUUUCCUGUCCUCUCGUUCCCUCCCCUCCCCCCCAUCAGAAUCGAAAUCAAGACCAAGACCAAGACCAAGUCCAAGAUCAAGAUCAAGAUCACGCACAAAGUGGGUAAAACACCAAGACCCCACACCACACCACACCGCACCACACAAGCGGUGAGUCCCAAACCGCAAAAUCAGCACUCCCGUUCCCGUAACUCGAAACACCACCCCAUCCCAUUACCAUCCCAUCCCAUCCCAUACUAUACCAUACCAUUCCAUACCAUUCCAUACCAUUCCGUCACCACAUCUCUCCAUCCCAUCCCCGAUCCCCCAAAAGCGGUGAACAAGGCGAAACACGGCCGGACACGCAUUCCUAAACGCUCUAGCUAUGCAUGUAUGCGUGUAUGCAUGUAUGCGGGUUGGCUUGAUCCUUCCUUCCUUCGAUUCUUCCCUGAUCGUCGUAUGGCAUGGAAUGAGACGGGAUGGGAUGGGAUGGGAUAGGGUUGUAUGUAGGGAAGGGAAGGAGGUGUGUUUGAUCAUCCUUCCAUCCUUCCUUCCUGCUGCUGCUGUGGUGGAUGGAUGGGGAAGUUAGGCCGUUGGGGGUGUGUUUCGGC